GUGCUGAAAGCAAGUUGAAGGGUGAAGAAAUUCGCCAAUGUGCAGUAUCAGAAGCGAUAAAAAUUUUAGAGACUGAUAUUAGCAAUACGACUAAAAACCUAAUUUCAUGGGCUCUUCGGAUAUUAGGAGAAUUUGCGGAAUAUACUGAACUUCAAGAAAAUGUACAUAAUAAAUUAUGUGAUUUAUUAACACAAGUUGAUUAUGAAAUUCAGGCCCAAAUAAUUACUACACUAUUAAAAUUUGUCUCAAAGAUGAAACAUUGUCCUGAUAAUAUAAUAGAAUGUGUGGCAAAAUGUUGUCAAUCAUCAUCUGGAGAUGUAAAACAGGCAA